AUGCUUUGUGGAAGGAUUCUCCAAGGUUGCGUCAUCACUGACAGAGUUAACCCGCAAGAAUCAGAAGUUUGUUUGGUUAGUCAAGUGCGAAGACAGCUUCCAGAAGCUCAAGAAGAGUUUGAUCACCGCUCCGGUUUUGACUCUUCCUACAGAUCACGACAAUUGAAGGAAUAUGAGAAAAGAUAUCCCACACACGACUUAGAGCUUGCAGCGAUAGCUUUUGCAGUGAAGCACCGGCGACGCAGAACCAAUAGUGAAGAUUCUAUAUCUUCGUUAUUUGACAUCGAAGGUCGUCGAUCUUUGAGGCGUGAUGUUGGCCACGCCACGGCCGAGACGUUCUUGCUCACUCGUCUGAGUUUAAAGCUUUUGAGAUAUCUUGGGGUAGGCUACAGAUGGAUGACAAGAUUUCUUUCACUUGAUUGUUAUGCAUUGUUACUUGUACCAGGCUUUUGUCAAGUUGGUUACAAUUAUUUCUUCUCCAGUCAGAUACGUAGAAGUAUUGUUUACGGCGAUAAACCAAGGAAUAGGCUGGAUCUGUAUCUACCUAGAAAUAGUGAUGGGCCAAAACCAGUCAUUGCAUUUGUAACUGGUGGAGCCUGGAUUAUUGGCUAUAAAGCAUGGGGUUCUCUUCUGGGUCAACAGUUAUCAGAAAGGGACAUUAUUGUGACGUGCAUAGAUUACAGAGGCCAACUUUCUAACUCGAGAAGCAAAUGAAUGGUACAAAGAACCUGCUUCAGCAAGCGCUUGUAGCCCUUCAGACGAUUUCUCUCAUGAUUUUGACGAUUUCUCU